AUGGCAUCAUUUCAAGCUGAGUUUUCAGAUCAUUCAGAUCGCGAAGAAGAGUUGGAGGAUAUGUUGACAUCUACAACAAACGAAGUUCAAAUACAAAAAAGAGUUUUUAACAUUGAAGAUGAAGAAGCCACAGUCAUUCCGAAAAAAAUACCUGCCAAAAAUUUGAGUCUUUUGAGAAGCAGAAACAUACUAUCAUUUUUUCAAGGUACCAGUGGUGUUACAUCUAGUGCAAAUUCCGAAACCCCUACUAGUGAAUUAAGUGAAACUGAAAGUAGUGCAGUAAUCGAGCAUGAGGUGGCUGUUUCCAGCAAGCACAGCACAGAAACUGGCAGUCCCAGAUCAAAAGCGGCAGGGACCGCAAAACUGCCAAAAAGGGAUUAUUCAAAAUAUAAACAUGUCUGUCUUCUUUGUGCCAAAAAUGAUACGGCAACUGCAAGGAACUCUGCAGUUCUCACUAGCGGGGGAGAUUUCCAAGUUGAAAGGCAUCGUAAAAGUCACCCACUCUUCUAUCUCACUGAAAGACAUGAAAUCGCAUGUUGUACCAAUAAAUCACAUAUCGGUUCCACGAAAUGUAAGAGAAUUAGCAGUACCAAAGCCGUCAUCUAA